AUGAUUCGAAGAGGAGUUGGGCAAGUUGCCAAAAUGUCGCAUUUGGCAGCGAGAUUUGUUGGUGGUUCUGAUGUUCAUGUUGUAGAUCCGAAUGUUGACUUACGGUAAGUCAUUUUGAUUUUGCUCAAAAUUAGAAAUAAAUUUACAAAACUAAAAUUGGCGCAUUUGAUGAUGAUCUGAAUGUGGAUUACUUGCAUGAGUCGAUUUCACCAAAGUUCUCGAAUUAUCGAUUUUUCCCUUUUUGAACAUUGGAUGAGUUAGGUAGAAAUACCAGGAAACAAUGUUCACUCGAAAAUCGAUGAAAAACGGGCGAAUUAUCAUUACGUAAGGAUACAAAGGGGAACGAAGCAAGUCUGUGCCCUAAAAAAUCUCAUGAGUUAUCAGCCUAACUGUUUCUAUAAGUAAACUCACUCUCAUCGCCAGAGAUACAAAAAGAGUGACUAACAUGAGCAACAUAGUUAUAGUGACUGUUCUCUCGGCUCGAACAAUUCUUGAACUUUUAGUCAUCAUAGUUGUAACAUCAUUCCGAGUUCGGAAUUUCAGCUUGAUUAUCAUGUAGACAUUUAAGAAGAUUAUAAGGAAUAUUAAAAUUGUUGAUAGGAUUAGGUGAAUCAUAUUGGGAAUGUCCUAAAAAUUGGGAUUUUUUAAAAUUAAAUUGUUGCGUUGAUUUUGAUUAUUCGAAAAAUUUAAGUUGAAAAUAUCAAUUUUCUAAAAUUCUAAGCUUACAUUAUCAUGAAGAAGAGUUGAACUAAUUUUGACUGCUCCAAAUUGAAAUGGUUCGUCGAGUUGAACACAAUAACCGGUGCUUAAAGCAAAAGGAACACAAACUAGAAUACCAAGGAAGAUCAGAAUCGGAGUUAGGAUUGACAUUGCUGUUUUACAGGCCUAGAAAAAAUGGGAUAUUUGUCAGCUCAUGGGACCUUCGAUUUAUCAAAAUUUUCUUAGAAUUUCUGACAGAUCUUGUUUUAAUGAAUUUGUUUGAUCACAUGGCGUGAAUAAUUUUUGACCAGAGCUAAAUUUAGAAAUUAAAGAACAUUUUGCAAAAUUAUUAUGAAAACGUGGACUUUGACGUCAAAAGCAUUUUUUUUUGAAGAAAAUGCAUUUUUCAAUUUUGCAUCUUCUUAAAACUCACGUUGUUAUGAUUUGUUGGUGAGUGCAAAACCAAAACUCGAAUCGCGCAAAACAGAAAUGUAUAGAAUUGAGAAAUGUAAUAAACAGAAAAAUGGAUCCCAAAUAAGUAUUGCAAAAAGUUAUCCGAAGUUGAUAAACUUGCACAAUAAGAUGUCAUAAUUGAAGUUGAAGGAACUCGAAUUGUUGUAAAAUCCCAGAUUAUAUACAAACAGUUCCAGAUUUGUGAUAAAAUGAAAGAUCGAAAUACUUGUGGUUGAAGAAUUGUUUGUUUUUUGGAAUCAAAGGUGUAUGUAUACAUUUUUAGAGUUAGGAUAAAUGAAGGAAUAAAACAUAGAAAUGUGAAGAUAUUAAUUAGACUAAUGUAGUCAAAGUUGUAUGUAAAGUUUUGAUAAAUAAGAAGAUCAUUGAUGAUUAUGUGAUUGUAAGCACUUCGAUUCUCCAUUUUUCUAGGACUACUAAAAAAUACGAAGCUUGCUGUAUUUUAUAUAGAAUAAGUCAGAUGUCUGAGAAAUAGGCGUAAUUAAUACUGAAAAUUAAUAAGAGCAGUGAUCUGGAAAUUGUAUUUCUUUUUCUAACAAGUAUACUAGAUUUGGCAGACAAAGCACUUUAUAGUACACGGAAAAAUAACAGAUUUUCAAUUAUCUUCGAAAAAUUUUAAUUUCCGUUAAAAAAAAACUUGAAAUAGGAUAACAAUUCAGUUGAUCGUUGAACGGCAUGAUUUCACUGAAGUUAUAGAACUUUUCUGGGAAGGUUUUUUGAACAUUGGAUGAGUUAGGUAGAAAUACCAAGAAAUAAUGUUUGCUUGAGAAUCGAUGAAAAACGGGCGAAUAAUCAUUACGUAAGGAUACAAAGGAGAACGAAGCAAGUCUGUUGUCUAGAAAAAUCACUUUAGUUAGGCUAAUUCUUCUCAAAAUCACCCUUGCUGCCAUUGAUACAAGUAAAGGUAUUAACAUGAGCAACAUAGUUAUUGUUAGUGUUCGCUCGGCUCGUACAACUUUUCCACUAUUUGUUGCAUUUGAGACUUCGUUUUUUGAGCCAAUUUUGAUUUUUAUUAUCAUGUAAACAUUUAGAAGGAUUAUUAGACAGCUUAUUAGGGUUGAUAGGAAAAUGUGGAUCAUAUUUGGGAUCGGCUGAAAAAAAUCACAAUUUUCCUCGAAUAUAUAAGAAUCUUAUCUUACAUUAUCAUGAAGAAGAUUUGAACUGAUUUUAACAGCUCCGAAUUGAAAAGGUUCAUCGAGUUGAACACAAUAACCGAUUCCGAGAGAAAAAGGAAUACAGACUAGAAAUCCCAGAAUUAGAAGAAUUGGUCGACAAAUUGACAUUGCUCUUUGACAUGUCUGCAAAAAUUAGGAUGAUUUUUGAUUUCUUCUCAGUUUUGUUUUUAAUCAAAAAGUUUAUUUGUUUUUUCUGCGCCUUGCAGAAAUCAGUGUUCACAUUGCGUAAUUAAUUUUUCUUGUUCAAAAAACCAGAAAAAAUUCAUAUUUCUAGCGUUAUUUCAAAGAUCUUCUUACGUAUUCAUGACUUUUCGGCGAUGACAGAAUCAAAACUCGAAUUCCGCAAAACAGCAAAGUAUAAAAAUGAGCAAUGUAGAUCAUAGAAAAAUGAAUUCCAUAAAAAUAUUCCAAAAUAUUCCUCGAAAUAUCUAAAGUUGCACAAUAAGAUGUCAUAAUUGAUGUAAAUGGAAUGCGAAUUGUUGGAAAAUCUGACAAAAUAUACAAGCAAUUCCAAAUUUGAGAUAAAAUGAAUGAGCGAAACACUUGUGGUUGAAGAAUUGUUUGUUUUUUAUAUUCAAAUGUAUAAGUAUACAUUUUUAGAGUUAGGAUAAAUGAAGGCAUAAAACAUAGAAAUGUUAAAAUUGUUAUUGUCGUAAUAUAAUCAAAAUUGUACUUGAAAUCCUCAUAAAUUCUAAGACCAUUGAUAAUUUUAUUAUUGUAAAGGCUUCGGUUCCCCAUAGAAAAAUAGAAAAUUGUCAGAAAAACUAUGUAGAUUAAUCAGUUUUCAAUUAAGAAGAAAAAACGUUUUCACAUGGAAAAUUAAUUUUUUGUUCCUUUUUACAGAUUUGUUUUCGAGCAACAGGAGCAACUGCAAACAUCUGUUGAGUCGAGAAAUCUGAAAAUCGAUUUACCUACAGUAAAAUCUGAAUAUGAGCAAUGGUUUGAAGUUUAUGAACAAUGGAAAAACGCAGGAGAUAAAGAAACACAGACACAACUGAAAAAAGAAUUGAGAGCUAAAAAGGAUGGGCUCCUAAAUGCAUUAUCACUUCCAAAUAUGAUUCAUCAUGCCGGACACAAACAACCACCGAUUUUGAAACCUUCGAGUUAGUGAAAUUAUUUUAAAAUCAUACUUGAAGUUCCUAUUUUUCUUUUCUUCCAGAUCAUGCUCAAUAUUUGGCUCAACAAGGAUUAAUGCGAAUCGAUAAACAAAAUCAUGUGAUUCAUUUAGUUGGAUUUCCAGUUGUUGUUCAGAAAAUGAUAAAGGAUCAAUUGACUGAACUUUUUGCUGAAUCUCAAUUGAUUUCGGGAUCGUUUUUUGCACGUGCGGCUGUUGUUGAAGCAUUGAAUCUGGACAAGGAAUUGUUGACUGAAUUUACCGAUGGAAGUAAUCAUUUUCCGGUUACUUAUUUGGGUGAGUUUUGAAUGGAAAAUUAGAAUUUUGAAAAUUCAAAGAAUUUCAAGAAUUAUUGAUCAGAAUCAAAAUGUUGGGAUUUUUUUGAUCGAAAAAAGAGGCAUUCGAAAAUUUCGAAAAAGUCCUAUAUUCCCCCUAAAAAUCCUUUUUUUCAGUUGGUACCUCAUUGGCUUCGCUGAUUUCUCCAUUCAUCAAAUCAUCAUUCAGUGAGAAAAACAACACGUGGCCAAUAAGUGUUCAAUCAUCCGGUUCUGCAUAUUUCCCUGUCAAAAAUGAAGUUGAUUUGAUAAAUUCAAGACAACGUCUACGACACUCCGCAUUGACGAUGACGAAAACGGCGGAGGAACUUGAUGUUUUAAUAAAUGAAACAAAUGUUCGAAUUGGUGCAUAUUUAGAUGAAGGAUUGAAUUUAGAAGUAAAAGUUCGAGAAGUUCGAGGAAAUGAAUUGAGAAAUUAUGAAUCGCAAGCAUUUGUUGUCGAAAAUCGAGGAUUGAUUUUGUCGAGAAUUUCAAGAUGCGAUGAUUAUAUUUCGAAAAGAUUGAAUAUUGUGCAAGGCGAAAACAAUGAAUUCGUCCAAAUGAUUUAUGUCGAAACUGAUAUUGAUCGAAUUAUUGCGAGACUUGUUGAUGAUUUAAUUGAUGGAAAAGAACCACCCAAACAUUUACGGGAUGCUAUUAAACGAUCUUAUUAG